AUUUACCCGUCAUUCUCCGUGAAAGCCACUUCCUGAAUCAGAAGGCAGAACACCAGGACAUGUAUUAGGAAAGAUGUCUUGGGCAAGUGAGCUUCCCCCAGACCUGCUGUGUAGGCCACUUGGGCUGGUGGUGCUGACAGGGUUGGACAACACCUACAAUGCAGUCCAUAAAGCUAUCUGGGAUGCUUUUUGUAAUAACAGAAGGGCUGACAGGGUUCCUCUGCAGUUUAAGGUGCUCAACUUGGACCAUGACUACCCCAAGUGCAGGACUAAGAGGACCACAUACGAGUGGUAUGUUCCCAAGGGGAUCCUGAAGAGUGCCUGGAUGAACAAGCACUUGGACCAGGUGCCCUCAGUGGUGGUGGUGUUCUUUGACCUGGACUGGGAUGAGCCACUGUGGAAAGAGAAGCAGAUGGAAUGUGCUACAAGAAUUGAGAUUGUCAGGAAUAGUCUUGAUGGCCGCAGCACCAGAGUAUGUGUGGUGCUGAUCCAGAAGAACGCUCCACUCCCUCCAGGAGAAGACAUGGUGGCAGCAGAGAGGGCAGCCUCUUUCUGCAGUGCAUGUGAGCUGUCCGCCAAGUCCCUGUUUGUUCUCCCUAACACGGACCAUCUGCUGGGCUAUGUGAUUAGACUGGAGAAUGCCUUCUAUGAACAGGCGCAGAGCUAUUAUCACACUGAGGCUAGGAGAGUGAAAGCACAUAAAGAGUUCCUGAAUAAGACUACUCACCAGCUAUUGUAUGUGAGACAUCAGUUCAAAAUAGCAUUCUUUAAUGAGCUGAAGCAGGACACUCACACAGCCCUCAAGCACUAUAAACAGGCUUAUGGGAAUGUUCUUGAACUGAGGAUGCUGAAUACCAAUAUGCUGGAAGUAAAGACAGUUGCUGGAUUUAUUAAUUACAAGAUUUGCAGAUUGUCUUUCCAACACAAUGCACCCCUGGAUGCCAUCAGUCAGUUCAGAAAGCAUAUUGAUUUCUUUAAGAAGAAGAUUGGCACUGGAGAAUUGUCAUUUGAGCAUAGUGCUUGGAUGUCUAGACAGUUCCAGAUAUUUGGUGACUUGUUUGAUGAAGCUAUCAAGUUGGGCCUCACUGCCAUUCAAACCCAGCAUCCAGGGUUUUACUACCAGCAGGCUGCCAAUCAUUCUAUCUCCAGAAAACAGUUAUGUAGAGGGCUGUGCCAUCCAAACAUCACCUACCCUUCCCCUGACCCAUUGGAAGGCUUGAGCAGUCUUGAUUACUAUGGCCAGAGACCAUGGAGGCAAGGACACCAGAGCAUAGACCCUCCAGAUGCAGCCAAGGAAAAGGAUGGUAUCCUUGCUCUGCAGUACCUGGAAAGUACAGUGGACCAUGAGUGGAUAAUUAUUCCCCUAUUGAGCAGUGCUGUCACACAGUUUAAGAAAUACAAGUCCCCAAGAAUGAAGAGAUAUCUCAUGGUCCAAAUGGGAGAAGAGUAUUAUCAUGCUAAACAAUAUACCAAUGCUUUGUCGUUGCUGAGUCGUGUGACAUAUGAUUACCGUGUUGAGCACUGGUGGCCGCUUCUCACCAAUAUCUUGAUCACAUCACUCAGAUGCGCCUACCUGGUGGGAAAUGUGGAAGAAUAUGUUGCUUUAUGCCUUGAGUUGAUCAGCAAAUAUAUCCCCUUAUCAAAAGAAGAGAAAACUAGAAUACAAAUGAACUUGAUUCGGGUGAUGUCAAGUGACCCUCCAGAGCCAGAACCUGGCUGUGAUGCUGACUGUGUAGAGAAAGCUAAACCUUUGUGGAAGUGUGAGACCUCCAAGGAGCAGGAGCAGUGCAUGUUUACUGUGGAGAUGCAGAACAUUAUUCCAUUUGUGGAGUGUAAAGCAGCUUUCAGUGAGGAGACAUUCACAGCAGAUGUUCCCAUUGUCCUGCACAUAUUUUUAAAAACUACCUGCCCAUUCCCAAUGAGAUUUUCAAAGUUGUCUGUGCUUUUAAACAACCAGGUGUACAACCAGUACUGUGUGGUCAGUGAUGGGCAGGGUAUAGGGUCUGGAGAGUCCUCAGAGGAACAGACAGGAGACCUGUACCUGGUGCCAGGCAAGCCAAAGAUGUACACCUUCACAUACCUACCCAGACAGGAGGAUGUGGGGAAAACACUACAGAUAUCUUCCAUUGCCCUUGAGCUAGGGUCGGAGACUUCCCGUUGCUCUGUCCUUCACUGGUUACACUGGAGUGACAGCGGCAGUGAGGGACUGAUAUUGCCUGCACCAGAACACAGUGGAAAGAAGAAAAAAAAGAUCAGCUCACAGGAAGACCUAGAGACUGUGGAGUGGGACUUGAUUGACACCAAUUCCUCUGCAAAUUUGGUCCCAAGGGUGGCCUGUGUGGAUGUUAACAUAGAGCAUCACUCGCCUGCUCUUAUCAUGGAAUUUUACCACAUCAAACUCAAUAUAAAAAACACAGAAACUUCCAGCACCAGGAAUAACAGUUUAUCUGUAGGACAGAAAGAAAAACUGGAUACUUUCUUGGAUCACACAACCCAUGUCACAGUGGACCAUGCUGAGUACAAGGACAAAGUAGUGCCCAGACGUGAGCAGGUGCCCCUAGGGAACCAGGGGGUAUUAGAACCUGGCGAGGAGAGCAACAAAAGCAUUUUUGUGAAAUGCCUUCAGCCAGGAACAAGAACAAUAGUUAUUAGGAUUACUUAUGAAGUGGAUGUGGACGUCUCGGGUCAUAUGGUAACUUGUACCUGUGAGAAAGAAGAAACUAUAACUAUUCCUGCAGUGCCACCCUUUGAAGUCACUUUUCUAGUCAAGUCAAUGAAGUUUGAGGCUGUAGAAUCUGUCCAUGCUGACUGCCCGUUCAUGGUGCUGACUGACAUCAACAAUAGCUCCCAGUGGCCCAUACAGAUACAGACCAGUGAACUCAAGCUGUCACCAUUUAUAAAGAAUGUUGGUGAAAAUGUGCAAUCACAGUUGGAAUCAAUAUCCCUCAAGUCCAGUGAGCAUGCUGGGGAGUGUCUUUGUAUGGUGGCUCCCCCUGUCAUACAGCCCACUGUACCCCUGGGAAACUACGUCAUACACUGGAAGAGACAUGGUGAUGACACCCUCCCGUCUGUGACCACCACCCUCCCCCUGCCCCAUGUGACUCUGGAACACAUCCCGCUGGCCGUGGAUGUAGACAUUCCUUCUAACGGCUCUGUCAGGGAUACUCUACCUGUGACAUAUACAAUCUAUAACAAGACUGGCUACAUACAGGAGAUAGAAGUGACCAUGGAUUCCAGUGAGCUUUUUAUGCUGUCUGGGCACAAGCAGCUUCACUUCAGAAUCCUCCCCAGCAGCAAGUAUAAGCUAAACUAUAACCUGUACCCCCUGGCUCCUGGUCAUAUCCCCCUGCCACGCCUACAUCUGAACAUGCUCAGGUACCCUGGGACCAUGGACGACAUAGUACAUAAGAUGAUACCUUCACAUGUAUUUAUCAUGCCUCAAGGGAAAAGCAAUGGUAUAACAGUGUAAUGGAAGCCAGCCCAAGGCAACAUUGUUGUUUCUCUAUUUUGUGGAUGAGAAGAGUAAAUUCAUGAGAUGCCAAUGGAACAUUUGGCAGGAAACAUUUCGUGCAGACUAACAUGAAAAUGCGUGCAUUAGCACUCCUGCUCGCAUGUUUGAUAUGUAUGAACCUGUGACUUUUCACGCUACAUGUAGAGCAGAUCAAGAUCUUGCAUAUACGUAUUCUUUUAUGUAUUGAAUUUAAAUGUCAUUCAUUGCUUUUGUAUUCAUGUUGUGUUUUUAAUGAAUUGAAUGUUAAAGAGAGACUUUUGUGAUAUACAUGGUGGGGAGAACUUCUAGGAAAGAAUUAUAUACAUACAUGAUUGAAGGAGAGGAAAUCAUACGUUUCAGGUUUUCUCUUUCAUGGCAUUAAAAUGACAUAUUUUAUUUAGAUUGGUUAUGUAAUUUGAAAGCUUUUGGAAGUGUGAUAAUUUCAGUGUCUAUUUUUUCAACUACUAAGUGCAUUGCAUUCUCACCUGUAUGUUUCCAGGAUGUGGGUAUCAGGUUUGGAAAAAUUGUGAUUUAGAAUUUUUGAUAUUUGUUUCAAAGCUUCAGUAAUAUUAUAUGUUAAUAAUAAAAAUUAUUGCCAUUAUCUGGCAAGCACUUAAGGAUACUUUUACGUUCCAUUGUCCAUUGAGAAAAGUCAAUGAAGUUUAUGCUUAUCUAAAGAAUUGUUAUAAUUAUUUUUUUUAAAUUUAUUUAUUUAUUUAUUUAUUUAUUUAUUUAUUUAUUUAUUUAUUUAUUUUUUGGUGAAGCUGAAUGGUCACUUAUGUGUUAUCAUUUUUGGUAUCAGUGCAACAAAACAUUCAAAAACACUGACUUUUCCUUAUUCUUUGUACAAUGCAUGAAAUGUUAAUUAUGUGUGCCAUCAUCAUCAAGAAGGAAUGUGGUGCUCUGCUGCAUUUGUUACUGCCUUAAGUAAGUUAACACUAUUUUCAUUCUAACCUAAAAAAAAAAGAAGCAAUUUUACAUCCACGUUUAUCAGGCACAUGGUGUUUUGCAACUCUCUGUGGAGAGACAUUGGAUUAUUUUGAAAUCAUUUAAGGAAGACGCAAAAACAGGGUAAAGUUUGUUUGAACUUUUGCACUGAAUCCAUCUGUAUGUGAAUACUUACUUUAUUGCCUCCACCAAAUUGUUCAGCUGAAUGGUUUGUAACAAAUGAAAACUAAGGAGUGCUGAAAGGUGUUCAGAAUGAAUCCAGGCAUGUGAUGCCAUAAUCAAUAUCUUUUCAUUCUGAUAAUAAAUUGGGUAUGGAUAUAAGGGUUUGGACUAACAUUUAGAGUGGUUUUGGAUGUCACCAAGAUAUUGAAAUGACAUAACCAACAAUAAAUUUAA